CACCGGUCCUGCGCAGAGAUCAGACCGCAGUGAUUGUGUGAACCCCGGUCCAUUGGAAACAUCACUUCCCCCUCGAAUGGAGAACUCAAAGACCAGUCUGUCAUUGGAGCCCCUUGGAGUGCCAGAUAUGGCGCGACCCUCAGCGCCCCCCGGUGAGCUGUCCGAGUCAGCCAGGCCCUCCAAACCCCGAGAGCACCCGCCCAAGUCACCAAGGAGACGGCGUAAAGGGACGAGGUCGCAGCGACGGGGGGGUGAUCAUGAACAGCUGCACUGGGAGGUCGAGCGGCGGAGGUUGCCAGGCCAACACGAGCAUUUGGAGCCCUCUGGCUCAACGAGCGACACAGCGGAAAGCUCUCCUAAGAGGAGAGCCCACUUUCUACAUGGACCAUAUCCAGCCACUCACUUCGGACCCAAAGCCUGUAUUCUUCCCAACCCAACUUCAGUCAUGCAUAUCCAGGACCCAGCCAGCCAGCGGCUCACCUGGAAUAAACCACCUGUCAACGUGCUUGUCAUCAGGAAAAUCCGAGAUGAGAGCCUCGUCGAGCCUUUCAAAGAGAUCUGCAGGUUUCUAGUGGAGGAGAAGCAGAUGAUGGUGUACGUGGAACGCCGGGUUGCAGAUGAUGCUACGCUGUCAAAGGACGAGGCGUUUGGCUCCAUCCGCAAUCAGCUCUGCACUUUCCGAGAGGGUUAUGAUGAUAUCUCUGACUGCAUAGACCUGAUCAUCUGUCUGGGUGGAGAUGGGACUCUGCUCUACGCCUCCUCUCUCUUCCAGGGCAGCGUCCCUCCGGUUAUGGCGUUUCACCUCGGCUCUCUGGGUUUCUUGACGCCCUUCAAAUUUGAGUCAUACAAGACCGAAGUGGCCAAAGUGUUUGAAGGCAAUGCAGCCAUCACUCUGCGCAGUCGUCUUAAGGUGAAGGUGGUGAAGGACAUGCUUCAGAGAACAGGCCAGGAGUCGUACAGCAGAGAGCCACAGCAGCUGCAGCAGGAACACAACGGACUCCUUCCUCACGGACACACCAACAGCGAGGCCGGCAAGGUCACCCUGCAGCUACAGGUGUUGAAUGAGGUGGUGGUGGACCGAGGCCCAUCCUCCUACCUGUCCAAUGUGGACUUGUACCUCGAUGGACGGCUCAUCACCUCAGUGCAGGGAGACGGUGUGAUUGUGUCCACACCUACAGGCAGCACAGCAUAUGCAGCCGCAGCAGGAGCCUCCAUGAUCCACCCCAAUGUACCCGCCAUCAUGGUCACACCCAUCUGCCCACACUCGCUCUCCUUCAGGCCCAUCGUGGUCCCUGCUGGGGUGGAGCUCAUGAUCACCUUGUCCCCUGAUGCCAGGAACACGGCCUGGGUGUCCUUUGAUGGCAGGAAAAGACAGGAGAUCCAGCAUGGAGACUGCAUCAAGAUUACUACAUCUUGUUACCCAGUGCCCUCUAUCUGUUGCCAUGACCUGGUGUAUGACUGGUUUGAAAGCCUGGCUCAGUGUUUGCACUGGAACGUACGCAAGAGGCAAGAGCGACUGGCGGACAUCUCGGACUCGUCAGACACCGAAAACUGAAUCAGCAGUUGCUUUUUCUGACCUAGAUUCAAGUCGACGCUUUCCACAGCAGCUGUGUGUGUGACAGUGAGGGGGAUCAGAGUUGGCCAAAUUACUGUUAUGAUAGUCCUUUGAAUAGCAUGUUUAAUGAGCAUAUUGUGUAUACAGUAUUGUAUGCAUUUAAAAAAGCAUCUCAUUACAUUCCAGUACAAACACAAUCUGUUAUUUAGGAUUAUAGGUAAGAAAGACUAAUCGAUAAGAAAAAGGACUGUAAAUGUAAAUUUGUACAUACAGGAUUGAAGCAUAUAUGUAUAUAGUGUUAUAUGUAUGUGAUAUUUAUAUAAAUUGGAGCUUAAAAAGACAUACAACUGAGUUUCUAUUACUGUCAGCCAAAGACUACUGUGUGUAAUUGUUCUGUACAAAACGCAUAUUGUGCAAUCCAAAGCCUACUUUCUGUACAUUCUAGCAGUAACUGUUAUGUCCAAGUUAAAUUCUACAAGUCAGAUUGCAUGUUGUCAAACAAAACAAAAUAGAAUGAGUUGGAGAAACAUACACCAGUCAUGUUGCUGUCAUAUACUGUCAAUGUGAAAAAAGUAGAAAAAUAAAGAUACAGACGCACACUA